AUGGCUCUUAACCCGCCCAUGAAUCCGGUUUCUCCUCGCCCUCGAAUCCGGGCGGUGAACCUUGGCGGCUGGCUCGUCACUGAGGGCUGGAUCCUGCGCUCCCUCUUUGACGGCAUCCCCAACAAAGAUCUCUUGGAUGGCACGCAGCUGCAGUUUAAGUCCGUGACGCAGAACGCCUAUGUGGCCGCCGAGCAGGGUGGCGGCACCGCCCUGAUCGCGAACUGGGCUUCAGCCUCCGGCUGGGCGACCUUCAAGCUCUGGCGGAUCGACCAGACGACCUUCAACUUCAAGGUGUUCGGCAACCAGUUCGUGGGCGUCCGGAGCACCGGCGUUGUGGUGGCAACGGUCACCACGCCGGGGACGUCCGAGACAUUGAAGUUAGUGCGCAAUGACAACAACCAGAAUAGGAUGAGGCUCAGAGCACCAAAUGGGCUCUUCCUGCAGGCAAACAAAGAUGGUUCAUUGACAGCCGACUUCGGCGAGAGUACGAGCUGGGGGGACGAUGACCCGUCGGUGUUUGCGGUGACCAUAGUCGGGGGGCUGCAAGGGGAGUACCAAGUCUGCAAUGGCUACGGUGCAGAGAAAGCUGCAGAGGUCAUGAGGAACCAUUGGAACACAUACAUCGUGGAAGAUGACUUCAGCUUCAUGGCGGCAAACGGGCUCAACGCAGUACGGAUCCCGGUAGGAUGGUGGAUCGCCAACGGCGAUAACCCUCCGGCUCCGUACAUCGGAGGCUCUCUCCAAGCCUUGAACAACGCUUUCAAAUGGGCAGAGGCACACAAGCUGGGCGUGAUCAUAGACUUGCAUGCAGCUCCUGGGGGGCAGAGCCCCAAUGAGCACUGCUCUACAAGAGACGGCACACAGAGCUGGGGAACCACCGACUCUAACAUCGUGCAAACCGUGCAUGUGAUUGAUUUCCUCGCAGCUAGGUAUGCUGGGAGACCAGGCCUGCUCGCAGUGGAGCUGAUGAACGAGCCGCUGGCUCCUGGUGUGUCACUGGAUAGCCUGAAAAGGUACUACCGAGACGCCUACAACACAGUCAGGAAGCACACGCUCACGACCUAUGUGAUCAUGUCCAACCGGCUGGCGGCACCUUCGACCGAGCUCCUCGACUUCGCUGGAAUGUUCCCCAGAUCCGUCAUUGACGUGCACUACUACACACUGUUCGACAACAAGUUUAAUACUUUCACUGUGCAGCAGAACAUUGAUUACGUGAGGAACAACAUCGCCAGUGAUCUCAAGACUCUCUCAAGGCGAAUUGGUGCUCUCACAUUUGUUGGUGAAUGGGUGGCUGAGUGGAAGGUAUCUGAUGCAAUGAAGGAAGAUUACCAGAGGUUCGCGAAUGCGCAGAUGGAUGUAUAUCAGCAAGCCACCUUUGGAUGGGCUUAUUGGACCUACAAGAACGUUAACAACCACUGGAGUAUGGAGUGGAUGAUCAAGAAUGGAUAUAUCUCCUUAACAAAUGCUUGA